CUGUUGUCGAUUUACUUGACAAUAUGCGGAGGUCAUCGUGACGAAACGAGAGGUCACGGGCGGGGGUUGCACGCGACUGACAGAAAACACGUGAAAACUACAUUUUCAAACCUCACGCUGCCGUGGUCACGGAUUGUGAAUUUCGUUGCGCCUCCAAUUGCCAAGCAAGCACGUUGAUCGGAUUACCUCGGCCCACAGUCAACAACCGAACUCGGCCGUGUAUGGAUUAUCUCCCCUGUAAUACCACACAGGGAUUGUGUCGGGUGUGGCAACUGUUUGGUCCCCCCUAAACUUGGAAGGAGGAUAAUGACUGAUAGUCGACGAUGUCGCAUGUGUUGUGUGUUGCCAUCGUCGUUGUCGUUGGAGUGUUGUCAGCACAAGCUCAAAUAAAGCGAUGUUCUGACAGCUCGUCCGGGUGUAGCAGCAGCCAGUACUGCCUCGACAGAAACGACGGUACCGGCGUCUUGUGUGUCGGGUGUUCGCCCGCUUGUACUGGAUGUUCGGGUCCGAAUGAUGACAACUGCCUCGCAUGCGCCCGUGGAUACCUCCGGCAAGGCUCUAUCUGCAGAAGAUGCCCCAGUUACUUGUUCGGGGUGAACUGUACGGGCACCUGUCAUUGCCUCAACCAGGAACUGUGUCGAACGGACGGCUUCUGUGCGGGGUGGAAGUGUGCCCGGGGGUGGAAGGAACCCCCCUUCUGUCAAGACGGAUGCGACAACAACACUUUUGGCCUGGACUGCGCACUGAGUUGCAACUGCGUGGGAGAUGAGUCAUGUGACUCUGUCAACGGUCUGUGUCGUGAUGGUCUGUGUCAUCCUGACUACGGAGGACCGAGUUGCCAAAUACGCCUCCCAAAGUUGGUUAGCCCCCCAUCCGCAGCCUCCGUGGGAUGUCAGAGGGCAAAUAUCACGUGGCCGAGCUGGAACGAGGAGAUUGACAUUGGAGAAGGACCUAUAGCGGACUACAGGCUUUACCGCAAGUUGAACAAUAGCGUUACCUGGGAGUUCGUGACGACCAGGAUGAGCGAGGCAGGGCGGACGGGGUACUACCACUACAUGCUUGACCUUCAGCGUGACCGGAACUACAGGUUCAGAGUGGACAUCCAGAGGGACGACGGCGGCAAGGCCAUGACCGCAUCAGAAGGCUUCCCCUCCCCCCUCGUCUACAUACUUUGUACACCGACCACAGAGCCUCCCCCGACAACGACAACAACGCGGUCUAUCAUUGGUCUGAAGGUGUUUGACGUCGUAACCCCCGUUUUGCUGUCUGACGGUACCGUCAGGAUGUCGUGGACGCUGACGGGAAACGCCACCAGCCUGAGCAUCGCCUUUAACAUAACGCUGUUCUACAAGGAAGUAGGGAUCGGGGACUGCGCUGUCGUCGACGGUCCUAUCACAAGGGUCCCGGUUACACACACUUCCGGUUCCGGUAGCGUGAACAUCACUGACCUUGACCCAUGGCGAGUGUACUCAUUUACCCUCGAAGCCUUCGGCGAGGCGCUGAACAUCAGUGACGUUUUAGACAGAAGGAUAUCGACCAGAGAAAUAGCUCCCAAUGACACCGUCUCCAACUUUGCAACACGUGACCUGACGUCACGUACGGUGAUGAUCACGUGGGCAAGUGUCCCCUGUGCACAACGAGGCGGUCGGUUUGUCCAGUACAACAUCAUGCUCAACAGCAGCAGCAGCUUGCGCAACGACGUCAGCAACGUCACCUCCAUUAACUACGACUCCCUAACACCGUACACACAGUACAACGUCACGGUGACAUACCAGAACACCGUGGCGAUCGGGCCGAUGUCUGCAGCCUUCACCUUCACUACAGAGGAGGAAGCCCCGGGACCAAUGUUUAUUUCGGGUAGGACUGUUACUGAGUCUACAAUUCUUGUGACCUUCACCCCUCCAUCAACCACAAAUGGCGUCCUCACGGAGUACGGCCUGACUUACAGCGACAACGCCACCUUCAGCACUCAAAAGACCUUGACCUUCCCGGCUCCUCAGACCGCGGUCACUAUCGACUCCCUCCGCGCUUUCACAACCUACUACUUUCGGAUGAGAGCUCGCACGAAGGCUGGUUGGGGGCCCUACACAGCCGACAGCACAGUCACCACCGCACCAAACACCCCCCACGCCCCCCUGAGUCUUGCCAGCACCUACCAAAAUGAGACCUGUUUGACAGUGGCGUGGCAGCCUCCCUUGCUAAGCAAUGGACUUCUACAGAGCUACAGGAUUCGAUUCCAAAAAGCCUCCGACGACGACACCCCUACCGUUGAUGUUGUUGAUGCCAUCACAACGUCGUACACAACCUGCCGUCUUCAGCCCGGGGUAAUGUACUUGUUCUUCGUGGCCGUCAGGAACACUGUAGGCUUCAGUCAGGAGGUCUCAGGAAGCUUUUGGACGGAGCACGGCGAUCCUAGAACCCCACCGCCCCCUGUGUUCAUCAACGCCACCUACUCUACAAUGUCAGUCUACAUAGAACCGGUCCUCCCAACAUCCGGACCCAUCACCAAGUACCAGCUUCGGGUGGAGAAGGUUGGUUCCAGGAGAAGGAGGCAGGCAGCUGGUUAUAUAACAGCUGAACUGGAACCCAGCCAGGUUCCACAGAGGAGGCAAUUUGAGAUUGGAGACGGCAGGAACUAUAGUGGUGUGGUGAAUAGACCUUUGGAAAGAGAGAAGUACUACAACAUAUACUAUGUAGUCGUCAGUACACUGAACAGCGUCACCAAGACAUCCUACUCACAGAUGAAAGGCCCAAGACUGACUGCACCUGUGUAUCUAACCACAGUGUCCCCUCCCCCUGCCGCCGCGGACAACACGGGACUCAUUGUUGGGAUCAUCCUCGCCCUCAUCCUACUUAUCCUCAUUAUUCUUGCCAUUUUGUUGUUCCUGUGGUGGAGAAGAAGAAACCGUCUUCCAGCUUAUAAACCCUACGUUGAUAAAGGUUAUGACAUGCCGGUAGUGAAGGACGAUUAUGAUCCCCUCAAGUACUGGAACACCAUAUACUCAGUCCGGGAAAGUCGCUACAUCGUGGCCGGUAGGGAGUACUUGCCUGACGACAUGGUGACCAUGAAUGGCGAGGUGACAAUUCCGCCUGAAGGCGAACCUGUCACGUUUAAAAACGAGUUUAAAAGUCUUAGCCAUGACUUCGGAGAUCCAUCCCAUGUUGCCAAAGACAGACGAAACAAACAUAAGAAUCGUUUUCCUCACCUUCUUCCAUAUGAUAAGAGUAGAGUUGCUCUGUUUCAAGAUGAAAACUCUACCAAUGACUACAUCAAUGCAAGUUAUGUGUCUGGCUUCAAGAAGCCCAUGGCGUACAUCGCGGCACAGAGUCCUUUUGAUGAGGACUCGGUCUUAGAUUUCUGGCGCCUCAUCUCCCAGACGAAGGUCAGGACCAUCGUUAUGAUCACAAACAUUGUGGAGGACAAUAUUGUCAAGUGCACACAGUAUUGGCCGGAAAAUGGACGUGCGUCGUAUGGUUCGUUUCUACUCGAGCUGCUGGAUAUUGAAUACUUUGCGAGUUACGUUGUUCGAGUGGUAGCGUAUCAGACCUCAGAAGGGCUUAAAGGUUCGGUGAAAAUAUUUGAGUUCACGGCUUGGCCAGAGCACGGCGUGCCUUUCGACCCGAUCCCUAUCCUAGAGAUGCGACACAAAGUACGUCGAGCGCAUAUGAAUGUGAAAACUCCCAUCCUGGUACAUUGCGGAACUGGGAUGGGGAGAACAGGUACCUAUAUUGCUAUAGAUGCUCUGAUUGAACAGUACAGUAAGGAGGGUCGGACAAGCGUACGUGCAUUCAUCAAUAAGAUCCGAAAGGACCGUCCAUUCAUGGUGCGGACGUUGAAGGAGUACGUGUUUAUUUAUGAAGCGCUGUUUGAACAGUUCCACGCCGGGCACACUGUUGUUGGAUUCGACCUGAAAGAAUGGUACAGCCAGCUGACAAUGAGGAACAAGAAGACAGGUCAUUCCUAUCUCAAAGGUCAGUUCCGGUUGCUUGAGAAGUUCACUCGAAGUCCUCGACCCGAGCAAUGCCACACAGCAAUACUUCCGGUGAACUAUAACAAGAACCGAUACCCGGAUGUGAUACCGAUGGAGAGUUUUCGGCCCGUGUUAAUGACCGCGGGUGGUAUUGGAAGGACUGACUACAUCAAUGCUACAUUCCUAGACGGCUUCCGGUUGAAGAACGAGUUUAUCCUCACACAGACACCGCUCCCGUCAACCAUCGUAGACUUCUGGAAGUUGGUGUAUGAUUAUGACGUCAAUACCGUUGUAAUGGUGGAAACGUUCAAACACGAGGACGACACAUGCGCAGAGUACUGGCCUGACGUCACUAUGAAGCCCUUUGAGCCCUUCUUUGUGGAGACGACGGCAACGUAUCAGGAGAACAACGUCACAAUCAGGAACUUCAAAAUCCACAAUUCCAACCAGCCGAAGGAAGCGCCCAAGUUUGUGCGUCAGUUCCAGUUUAAUGGCUGGGAUGAACCGAAUGUUAUUCCCACAUCCAAGACCCUCAUCCUUGACCUUCUUGACCUCGUGACGGACUGGCAGCAGGUGACCAAUGAGAACACGAAGCCGAUGAUAGUGCACUGUAGAGACGGGGCGACGCACAGCGGGUUGUUCUGUGCAAUCAAGGUCAUUUGUGAGAAGAUCGCCGAAGACGAGGAGGUCGACGUCCUUCACACCGUCAAACACAUGAAGCGACGUCGGGCGCAGAUUCUGGCGUACCCGGAACAACUGAGGUUCUGCUACAAGACACUCUGGGACUACAUCAACCUCAGACUCCCGGACAGCGGAUUCACAGACACAUAUGGAACCAGCCUAGACCAGUACAACGCCGUUCCCAGUCUCAGUCUCACGUCAUUUUACGAUACUCUCUAUUCCAACUGAUUCACGUGAAAGCUCGAGAUCUGUGAUCUGAUUUCAGAAAUAAGCGGUUCUUGAAAGAAAGCUUAUUUUGUUGUAAACAGAACUGUACCACCAGUGUUUUUCUUGUGGGUUGCUGUUACCGAAUGCACUCGAUGUCAAUGUCACAAAUAUGCUGAUUGAAAUUCGUAUGAGAACAUAUGUAAGAUAUGCUAUGUAUGUAUCCCACAGAGUAUUUGACAGUGGCGGUUAAAGCUUAUUGCGAGUUUUACGUAGUUUUACGAUAGUCGUAGCGCUACAACCGCUUUGUGGAACUCUGGGAUCAAUCCACACCAUAGCGUCGUUUUCAGAAGCAGCUAAAAUUUGAUUAUUAACAGUCUUCCAAUUCUCUAAAUGUAUCCAGAGAUUGCUCGAGUCAGUAAUUUUGAAUAUAGAUGUAUGCCGAAUUCACGUUUAGAAGAGGCAUUGUCAUUGGUUGUGGAUUUCUAUGCCGAACUCACGUUUGCAAGAGGCAUUGUGAUUGGUUGUUGAUUUCUAUGCCGAACUCACGUUUGGUCAGCUUUGUGAUUGGUUGUUGAUUUUAUUCUCAUGAGCGACUGCAACAUCGUUCUAAAUUAAUGAUUAGAGGCGUUGCAAUUGUGACCAUAUUGCUUUGGACAUACAAGGAGAGAGAUGAUAUGGUUGGAAUAUAACAAGAUAUACAUAGUCACCAACGCAACCUGAAUUAUCUCUGUAUAUUGAAUCAUAAACGCUUUAUGUUGUCCAGUGAUGGAUGGUACCAAACAAUGGUCAUAUGUCUCGUCUGUAUCUAUUCAUGUACCAUACAUUGCCAUGGAAACCGAAGUGAACAUGUUUUCAGGUAUGACUACUUUUGUACUAAAUAUCAUUCCAAAUAUCCAUGGUAAGGGCCCAUGCACAUGAUGAACAUGCGUAUCUAUGGAUGGUCAGUACUUGUAUCAAGCAUGUUACAUCGAAGUCACCACAGGUCAUGUUUAGGUCUGAUGCACGUUUUGUCAGUCAGAUUAUUCAGGCAAGUAUGGACUUAUUUUAAAAACAAAUAAUAUUUAACUCUCAUGUAAUAUCAUGUACAUAUCUAGCUCGCCUGUGAGUAUAUUGAUAUCUCCUAAACAUGCAUAUCUAGCUCGCCUGUAGUUACAUACAUAUCUAGCUCGCCUGUGAUUAUCUAAACAUAUCUAGCAGGCAUGUUCUAAUUGUACACAUCUAGGCGCAUUUUGUGACAAUGCAUAUGAAGUUAUCAUACGCCUUCAUACAUAUCUAGCUUGUGAUGUCGGUCAUAUACAUAUCUAGCUUGUGGUCAUAUACCCACACACAUUCCAUUCUGGCACAGGGUUAUUGUUCAAUUUAGCCAUCUUUCCUCAACUUUGAACUGUAAACAUCAAUCGGUACCUGACCGAUUUUAGAGCUGUGGUCAUCGACCACCGAUUGGUAAGCUCCGGUUGGUAAGCUCCGUUUGGUAAGCUCCGAUUGGUAAGCCCCGGUUGUAAGCUCUGAUUGGUAAGCUCCGAUUGGUAAGCCCCGGUUGGUAAGCUCCGAUCUGUAAGCCCGGGUGGUAAGCUCCGAUUGGUAAGCCCCGGUUGGUAAGCUCUGAUUGGUAAGCUCCGAUUUGUAAGCCCCGGUUGGUAAGCUCCGAUUGGUAAGCCCGGGUGGUAAGCUCCGAUCUGUAAGCCCGGGUGGUAAGCUCCGAUUGGUAAGCCCCGGUUGGUAAGCUCUGAUUGGUAAGCUCCGAUUUGUAAGCCCCGGUUGGUAAGCUCCGAUUGGUAAGCCCGGGUGGUAAGCUCCGAUUGGUAAGCCCGGUUGGUAAGUUCUGAUGACGUAGUUAACACAAAUGCAUCAACACGUGUUCCGGUUUGGUUCGGUUCAUUUUGUAUGUAAGACGUAGAAACGUCCCAUGAAAAGAUUCAAUCAUAUCUUUGAAAGUUUACACCAAAGACAAAACCUAGUAUUCUCUUUUCAGUAAUGUUCUUAAAAAGUCUGACAACAUAUGCACUUGUAGUUCUUAGAGUUUUCAUCCUGAGUAUUUAUAGCAACAUGCUCUAUUGCCAAAUCCUCUCAGUAUUCGUAAACAUAAUGCAAUUAUAAUAUUUAUUAAGCUUGAAUUAUGAUGUAUUGCAGAUGUAGGUGCUACGUCGUGAUAUACUCGUGAAUAGUCACGUCACCUGUACCAUACGUGUGUGAUAUAUAGUUUUUAUCUCCGUCCAAUACAGCUUAAACCACGAAAUCCUAUACAUACACGUAUUUUAUUAUUCUGAGCUCGUUUUGUUGGAUUAAAUAUAUCUCUUGUA